AUCUGUGCGUACGCGGUCGUGAUUGUUGUGAAGAUGGCGGAGGGGGAGACAGAGAAGGAAUAUGACACACGGAAAGCUAUCGAGGAGCUCCGAGAGCGGUUCCAGGGUUUGACCACAGCUUUGAAAGAGAGCUCGCAGUCUCCGUUGGAGGCCUCCCUGCAUUUCUGCCAGGAGUUUUGCCAGGUCCUAGUGGAGCAUGCUGGCCGUUGGAAAACGGAUGAGGAUCCACUGCCUUUGCUGGAGGUCUACACUGUGGCAAUCCUCAGCUUUGCUAAGGCCGCUUCCUGUCUCUCCUCCGAAUGUGAAAACGUGCCACUUCUACUUGAAAAGUUAGCACUGAGCUGUGCGGAGCUGCUGCUCUUACUGCCCCAGCAUGUCCCUGGUGCCUUAUGGGAGGAGUUUCAGUCCUCCAUGAAGUUGGCACACAGCCUUUUACAAGAAAGUGGGAGCACACAGCUUCGCCUGCUCUCAGUUCUGGCGCAACAGGAUGGCGUCUGGUCCAACACCAUACUGAGCAGCAUCCUGUCCAAUCAAAUCCCUCAGACUGAGCAAGUUCAUGAGUUUCUAGAGUCGGAAGGUGCCACGCUUCUGAACAUGAGAUUAAAGCACCUCAUCAAAGUGGACAGUGUUGACAAAGCUGCUGUCCUUGCAAAGAUGUGCUCAGAGUAUCCGGGAUAUGAAGGAAAAGGAAACUUCAAACAAACCUACUUGCUUUGCAUCUGCAUGACAAAAAGCCAGGAGCAGCUAAUGGAAGAGAUUGCGUCAAUAGACUGUAAAGAUGCUCUUGAAAUGAUCUGCAACUUGGAGUCAGAGGGAGAUGAGAAAGGAGCUCUCUGCUUAUGUUCUGCCUUUCUCAAGCGACAGCUGCUCCAAGGAGAUGUUUAUUGUGCCUGGGAACUCACACUGUUCUGGAGUAAGCUACUCAUGCGUUUAGAGUCGUCGGCUGAUGCGUUUCUCGGACACAGCAAGGAGAUGGCUCUUCUCUGCAGGAGCGUUUGUCAUAUUCUGUUUCUAAUCAAAGUAAUCCAAAACGAGGUUGGAGAGGUGGGGCUCCCAGUUUGUGUGGAAAUGUGCAUCCAAGCUCUGAAAAUGACAUCCAGUGACCAUAAAGAUAGCAAGUCCACCAUCUGCAAGACUAUUUCCUGCCUCUUGCCAACUGAUCUAGAGGUUAAGCGUGCAUGCCAGCUGACAGAGUUCCUCCUCCAGCCAACUGUUGACUCGUAUUAUGCUGUGGAGUCACUGUACAAUGAACCUGACCAAAAGCCUGAGGAGGACGGGAGUCUACCGGUGCCCAAUUCUUUACGCUGCGAGUUACUGCUGGCCUUCAAGACACAGUGGCCUUUUGAUCCCGAGUUCUGGGACUGGAAAACACUGAAACGCAACUGCUUGGCACUGAUGGGCGAGGAGGCAGCUAUUGUGUCAUCUAUUGACACACUCAACGACACAGAUGAACAAGAGGUGGAAAGUGCACUUGGUAAACUCCCUGAAUACAGAGACCUGGAGGAUUUUCUGUUAACCACUACAAAUGAACUCAAUGAAAUCACGGACGAGAGAGAAAAAAACAGAGAGGCUAAAAAACUUCGGGAGCAGGGUUUUGUGUCUGCUCGGUUCAGAAAUUGGCGAGCCUACAUGCAGUAUUGUGUUUUGUGUGACAAGGAGUUCUUGGGUCACAGAAUUGUCCGCCACGCUCAGAAGCACUUCAAAGACGGAGUGUAUCUUUGUCCUAUUUGUGCUGACAGUUUUGAAAGUAGGGAGGUUUUAGAGCCACAUGUAGCAUCACAUGUAAAGCAAUCUUGCAAAGAGAGACUGGCUGCAAUGAAAGCAUCUAGAAAGGUAACCAAACCACCUCAAUCCCCUAAGAGUCCUUCAAAAAAUUUAAAAGUUGCUGCCAAGGUGAGCAUUAGUCCUGUUAAAAUUGAAUCUCAAACUGGCGACCAGUUGGCGUCUCCUGUUAAGAUGGAGCAAACCACAUCAGACACACAUAUAAGUCAAGACUGUUUUUGUCCUGUCAAAAACUGUUCCAAGGCUUUCAAGUUUUUCCGCAACCUCAUGGCUCACGUCAGAUCUCAUAAGAACGAUGAAGAGGCCAUGAGGUUUUUAGAAAUACAGAAACAGAAAGUGGUGUGCCAGUAUUGCAGAAGGCAGUUUGUUAAUGUUAGACAUCUUAAUGAUCAUUUGCAGAUGCACUGUGGUAGCAAACCGUACAUCUGCAUACAGUUGGAUUGCAAGGCCAACUUUAACUCCAAUUCUGAGCUGCUCAUGCAUAGAAAAACACAUCCUGAAUUCAAGGCCCAGUGCAUGUUUCCUAACUGUGGCCAAGUUUUCAGUGAGGCCUACCUGUUGUAUGAUCACGAGGCUCAGCAUUACCUUACCUACACCUGCCAAACGGAAAACUGUGGCAAAAUAUUCUACUCUCAGUCUCAAUUUGUGUCUCACCAAGAGAAUCACGGCACAAAUGAUACAGUAAACAGUUUGCCCGUCACAAAUCAAAAUCCUCCUGAGACUCCAAAGGUAGAACCACCACCUCAGACCACCCUGAGCAAAGAAGUCUGUCUUGAAAGGAUAAAUACAGAUGUAUAUAUGAAGGAGGCAUCAGAGGCAAAUGCAUCACCAUGCAGAUCACCAGAGUUUGCAAAAGAACCCAUUCCUGUGAGAGUUAAACACUCAAUUGAAAGCAUGCUGAAUUCUGCAGCACAUUCUGAAAUGAAAGAACCAGAGAAAUGCUACACUCCACUCACAAACCCCACUCCAGAGCCAGCACCGGAGGCUAAUCAUGGGCACCAUUAUGUGGCAGGGCAGGGUGAGAUCCCUCCAGUAAUUCCUGUACCAGUUGCAACAACCCCUGUGGCAAGUCAGCAGGGAGAGAGUCUUAAUAAUGUGCAAGGCAAUGAACAUCCACAACCAAAAGCAAUUCCACAAAUAAUUUCCCCAAAUCAAAUAAAGGUCGAAAUUCCUUGUUCUAUGCAAGGAUAUCCUUCCAGCACGCCUGCUGUUACUGCUAGCAGUGAGGAGAACCUGCAUUGCUGCCCAUAUAGUGAGUGUACAAGGGCAUACAGUACAAACAAAAGUCUGUCAAGGCAUGUGAAGAAGCAGCACCCAGAAAUAUUUGAAGAUUGGAAAUUGGCAAAGAAAUACAACAAAGUGGCCAAAAUUACAGCAAAAAAGGUUCCAAGUGGGCCAGCCUCACCCAAUCAGCCUCAGAACCAGGGGAACAGGCCAUAUCAGCCAGGAAUACUAUGCAACAAACCUGGGAUGCAGCAAAUGGAUUACCCAAUGGGAUCUUCAACCUCACCUGCCCAGUGUUAUCCUGGAUCAAUGGAGCCUGUGCCCAUCACCCCAAUGGUGAACCCCACGCUGUACCCAUCAUGGGGAAACCUAAAUAAUCCUAGCGGAAUGAUGCAGUCAGACAUGUCCCAGUCAUGGUCUUCACCUCCCAUGAAUAACUGUUAUCCGGAUGCCUUCAACAUGAAUGAGUACCCCCCUCGGGGCUACCCUCAAUGGCAGGCAGACCCUUAUCAAACCACAGCGUCUCUCCCAUCUGAUAGAGAUAAUUCAGUGGCAGCUAUACAUGGUCCCUCCAUGUCACACGCUCCUUCAGAUUCAAGUUUGAUGUCUCAGUAUGUGUCUAGUUCUCUGAUGCUUGAUAAUGGAGGGCAAAUGCAUAACGGAGGGCACCAGUAUGGGCUAAUGCAUCCAGAGGACAGUGGAGACAGUGUGGAUGUGGGAAAAAGCAGUGCAAGUAUGACAGGCCAGUUGGAUAAAAGAAACAGUAUCUCAACAAUUGAUAGCCUCCCUGAAGGAAGUUACCACACUCCAUAUGUUCAGAGUGAAAAUGCUUGUCUUAAUCAAGGCCCGUUAGUCAAUAUCCCCAUGAAAUGUCUGAGCCCAGAGGCCCAAUCUGCAUUAAAAGAUACACAUGAAAUAGUUAAAACAGAGAAUGUGUCCACUCCUUGUUAUGAACAUAUGGACAACUCCGGGGAUAGCAUGAUCAGUCCAAACAGUGUCAUUCACACAGAUUUCCCUUACGAUGAGGACUGUCCAAAUGCUGACUGUGAGGCUACCCCCUCAGACCCUGACUCGCAGAAAGGAAAACGCAGCAGGUUGAGCAAGAGAACCAAAUGGCCAGCCAUCAUUAAGGAUGGCAAAGUCAUCUGCAGAAGGUGCUUUAGAGAGUUCACAAGCACCAAGUCUCUUGGAGGUCACUUAUCUAAACGCUCACAAUGCAGGCCUGUAGAUGAAAUUGACCUAACGGCUGAUCUGCCAACAUCUUUUCUUGAUUUCCUCAAUGACCCCCAUGUCCCUGACACCAAUGGAGCAAUAUACAACAUGUCAAAUGGUGAUUUCUCACAGGAAUCUUGUAGCUUGACCACUUUGACGUCACCCAUGGUGUUAAAACAGGAGCCCCAGUAUACAAAUAUAAUGGACUACUCAGACUCUGUACCUUAUCCCCCUGAAAACCAGCAACAGAAGGCCGGAGAGUUGGCUAAUCCAGCUCUUACUGUACCUUAUCAAGAGGAUCACUUGAUGGAAAUUUCACAUGCCUUUCAAAGGUUGGAUUUAAUCGAGGCUGCACAAGGGAAGAUGCGGAGUGCUUUGUCAUUAGAGCAAAAUGUUAGUCAUUGUGAUACAGCUAAUGAUGUUGAAAAUAGUAAACCAAUGAGCAAAAGUGAGGACAGGCCCUCCGAAAAGGUACCCAAACCUUUUAAAUGUGACCAGGAUGAGUGUGAGUACUCAUUCAUGACAAAGGAGGCGUUAUUCAAACACUUGAGUAAAAUGCAUGAUUACUCUAAUGAGAUGAUAGAAGAACUAAAAAAAACCCCAUCCAAACUGUCUCCAUAUCCAUGUCAGAUUUGCCCCAAAACAUUCACGAGAACAACAGGUCUGAGAAUUCACUAUGAGAAAGUACAUCGUUUGUCAAAGGCAGAAAUGCAGAAGCUAAGGAUCAGUGCUCGAAACAGGCGUGCAUUCAGACUGAACAAAGAUGGCGGUUUGAUUGGCCGUGCGUCCACUGAUGCCAAUAGCACGAAACAAUGUGCAGCUGUAUUAACUGCGAUAAAACAAGAACCCCUUGACAUUGCAAUUGCACCUCAGACAGACAAUGACAGCAAUCCACAAGGUCCUGAAAUCACUUCACCAGGAGAUUCAGUUAAACAGGGCUUCAUGCCUGAGGUAUCAAUUGUCGGACAACUACCACCACCCCCUCAAAACUAUAUGGCAGAUAAGUCUAUCUGUGAGGUAGCACCAUCAGUUCACGAAAAAGCCCAGGAGCAACCUAAAGUGGCUGUUGAUGACAAGAGUCCAGGCGUGAAAAAUACAUUAAGUUUACAAGACAAACUAAGUCCGGUUAGCAAAGAGCAGCAAGGACGAUCAGAUGCAUCAAAUAGCAAAGUAAAGGAGCCAAUGUCCAGCCCUACUGCAUCUGCUUCAUCUUCCCCAGAGAAACCCAGCAGCUCCAAAAGCACACCAACGAAGGACGAACCCCAGAGGAAAGAAAAACGAGAAAGGAAAGAGAAAAGGUUGAGUCUCAAAAUGUGUGAUACAGACAACGCCUACAGUCCAUAUAGACCAUAUCGCUGUGUUCAUGAAGGAUGCACUGCUGCAUUCACCAUCCAGCAGAACUUGAUUCUCCAUUACAGGGCCAUGCAUCAGGCAUCCCUGCCGCCGAGCAAACCUGAACCUGAAACUGAAAAGACAACUGUCAAAAAUGCACAGCCAAUGGACAGCCAUCAGAGGAUAGACAAAGGUGAUGAGGUUAGGUGUCAAGUGAAAAACUGUUCAAGGGUGUUCAUGGGAAUCACAAGGUUAGUGCAGCAUUACCUCUUACUUCACAAGUUCACCCGUGACAAAGCCACCGCCAUGAUGGCAAGCAUGACCAUGGGGACUUUUAACUGCGACCGGCCGGAGUGUGCGCUCCCCUUCAACUCUGUGGAGAAGUACAUCGAGCACAUCAAGAAUUUCCACAAAGAAAUUGCCAUCUCUGAGAGCGGCUCAGUUGAUCCGACUUUCAGGUGCGAGUAUGAGGGAUGCGACCGUGUUUACACUACAAAAUCAAACCUCCUCCGUCACCUGAUAAAAAAGCACGAUUAUGUUUAUGAUCCGAAAGCAAGCGACGGAAGACGGACUAAAUCAGUUGGGCUCUUCCCGGGCAUUAACGGGAAAGAGAAUGUUGAAAACAAACUUAAAGUGAAGAAGAAAAACGCUAAAAAGAAAGAUGGGAAGUCCAUUGAACACUGGACCAGUUUUGGAAAGCCUACACUAAAAACCCACGAUGAGGCUUCAGCUAUGUGCACCAAGAAGUCCGCUCUGCAGUACCCAUGCAUGAUAAUAGGCUGCGAUGCAGUGGAGCGGGCUGAAAGAAGUAUAUUUAAGCAUUACACCACUCAUGGCCUCACAGAAAGAUACAUUGAAGACCAGAGGAGCCAGUUCAUUUUCUGCAAAAAGUACUCACGCUCCAGAUUCAAAGAUACAAGCAAAGCAGAGGGCGCAGCAAGCUCAUCUUCUGAGGAGACAGAGCCAGAUGACGGUGAGAAGCCCAGUGACCAGAAAACAGAAGAGCAGGUGGAUCGAAUAGGCCAAGAAGACAGUAAACUGUCCAACGACGAUAGUGCAGAAUCCCAAGCUUCCACUGGGACAGAAGCAGGAAUUAAAAGAGGCCGUCCCAGAAAGCCUGCACAACCCACACCAGCUUGUCCGGAGAGGAUGCAGACCCUUAGGAAUCGAACGACUGUUAACAGUUCAAGAGAGAACUCAAAUCCUGGUACCCCUACAGCCCAAGAACAACGUGACGACGGGGUUAUGCCAGGGUCUUUCAAGCCUUUAGGACUUGAGGACUCUUUCCUCAAGUUCCUGGAAACCUCAGAGUCAACCCACUCUUCCAAACGCAAAUUAAAUGACAAAUCUAGUUCUGAACUGCCGUCCAAGAGACAACAAACUCAAAGACAGAAAACUGCAACAAAAAGUAAAACAAAAGAUGAAAUCAGAGGAUGUGAAAAUGUAGUAGAUUUCAGAAAUCCGCUUAAUAUCAAAUCAGUGAGCAAUGUCAAGAUAGUCGUGGAUAAAAGAUUUUCAGACGGUGCUGAUCUUUUGUUAAAGCAGCUACAAGACAUGAAACCCAUAGUCAUUAUAAAAAAGUGGCUUUACAGCGGAUCAUAGCCCGAUAUUUUGUUUUCAACUCGACCUCACUCAGGAUUUGAGAAGUUAUGCUGCAGAAUGGUUUGUUUGUUAAUGCAUCAGAUUUUGAACUGUUAACAUAAUGGUCACAGUUAACGAUAAAAUGGCCUAUUUUGUACUUAAUGAAAAAAUGUCUUGGAUGAUUUUAAGUAUGUAUGUUAGUUAUAAUAACCAGGUAAUCCAUAGGGCAUAGAUUUUAGAAACAUGUUUGUAUUUAUGCUUAGUACUGAAGAUGUUUUUUUUUCUUUUGCUAA